AUGGCGGGUUUCGCGAUGUCCGUGCUGUUGGUGCUGUUGGUGGUGCAUCCUGAUGCGUCAUCCGGCAGGUGUGUCGUCCAAGAUGGCCGCCUGCAUUGUACGGAGGCGUGCGACACGGAUGCGGUUCGCGCUUCUGAAUUCGGCGGCAAGAUCGUCCUCACGGGCCGAGUUCUAGAUUUUGGCUGUCUCGACUUCUUCGGCAUAACGAAAGUUGAACUGUUGGCUCCGACUCGCUGCGAGGGGGUUUUUCGUGCUUCGUUGGUCGAUCCGGUGGACCUUUGCAUGACCGGGCCGAUUACGACGGAGUUACCAUCUUCUUCAUCACUUCCCACGCAUGCUCCGAGUUCGUUGGCGAUGGUUCCCGUUGCAUCGACGGAGCCGGUGACGUCAACGACGGCGGCUUUUCUCACUUCCUUUACGACGGAGGCGCCAUCUGUCGUCACUUCUGGGGACACCGUGGUCACACAAGGCCCUAUUACAGCUUCGUCUGUUGGAGUUCGUACGUUGACGACGCUCAUAACUGAAAUGACAAAACAGACUACGCCUGCUCCU